UGUUGGUUAAGGGCUAGUAAGUAACCAUGUCACGGUAAGGUCUACACUUGUUGUAUUCGGCGCAUGUGACAAAUAAAGUUUGAUUUGAUUUGAAGGAUGAUAAAUGGAGACAAGAUGCACCUGAGCUCAAUUUCGAGUCACGGGUCUGAAUACUUAUGUGAAUAAGGUAUUUCUGUUGUUGUUUUUUUAAUACAUUUGAAAAACAUUUCUAAAAACUUGUUUUCGCUUUGUCAUUUAAACCAUUAUAUAAUAAGGCUGUAACGUAACAAAAUGUGUAAAAAGUCACGGGGUCUGAAUACUGAAUACAGAGAAUGCUCUGUAUAACCUCUUGUCAGUAGUCUACUCUGGAUCUGCCCCAUGGACUGACAUCCUCUCCUGGUCACACGACCAUGGCAAUGUAAGAUUGAUACUUGUAACUACCAAUAUUAAAAUUGACCUCAUCGAUUUGUUACAAAGUAACAAAAUCAUGAGAAAACAGGUUACAUUUGUCGAGGAAAUAAGAAAAGGAGAUCGCCUGAUAAAACGCGGUGGUAGCUGCGUUUUAGCAACAAGAUCUGCGGAGUCAAAUAACAUGUACCAUCAUAGAUAUAUAGGUAUGUACUGUAUGUAUAGCCUACUGGUUGUUACUUGUGCAUUGUAUGUUUGCAUGUUUACAUUGUUAAUUUGAAAGUAUAGGCUAUUUUGUGAGUCAGAAAUGCAAGGCGAAACGCUGCUCUGUUGAUAGAGAAAUGAAAUGUAAUAGCCUGCGUGUGGCAUGUAAUAGACACCACAGAAGCCAGUCGGGUAUAGGAGUUCAUAUCUUUCCAAAUGGUAUUUUGGAAAAUGUAUUUUGGGGAGUUAUCCAAAUGUUAGUGUAAUGUUAAUUUGGUACAUCAAUCUAUUUAACAUUACUGGUGAUUGAUCUAAUACGCAUUAACAUUUUACUCAAUCAACAAUUGUGUGAUUAAUGCAGAUCGAGGCCUCAUUAAUACACCUAUCUAUAUGACAGACUCUGAGCAUGUGUAUAAGGAACAAAACACCAGGGUGGAGAUGCACAGGACAGCACAUUUCAAGGUUCCUGACCACCAGCAGGUGAAAACCAUACACGUCCCCAAGUCCAUGAUGACUGCACCAUUUCUACAGCAUCCAACCCUCACAACUGGACAGAAACGAUAUCUCUACAGUAUUGCAAAUGUCUACAGCACCGAGCACAUGAGGCGACUGAUGAAGCAACGCUAUCUCAAUGUGCUUCACCGGUGUAUUAAAUCAGGUCAUAGCUCUUUGGAUGGAACCAAACAUCCUACUGGAGGUCCACUGCUUAAAGAUCGGCUCACGUUCAAGAUGGACAAUGAGAGAGAUACUGGAUCUAGAAUCAAGCCAUAUGGACAGAGGAAGGGCACCACAGUGCACUCUAAAGUUAUCCUCCCAAAGAUUACCAACAGUCACAGUGCAGAGUGAGAAGAUUGCAUUUGAAAUAAUUAUAAUGAAGUCAGUCAUACAUUCUAUUAUUCUGACAAUGUAUUGAAGUAUAGUAUAAUUUGUAUCAUUUCAAAACACAUUCUCCUUAUUGGUAACACAUUUAUUUGAGUCUCCCGUUAAACUGUUUAUACGAGUUUUUAAAUAGUUUAUAAACCAUUAUUACACACUGUACAUGUAUUGUCUGUUAAUUGUAUGAUUACACGUCAUUUUAAUAAUAAAUGGUUUAAAACUUAAAGGUAGAGUCAGCGAUAUGAAGUAGAUGCACAAAUUAAACAGCAUAGUGUGCCAAUUUCUGCAACAAGGUCGUUGAAUCGCGAGUCUAAACUUCACUGUUUUGGUCCGGUGGCUACCUCCUUGUAAGAGCAUGAAGGGAACCUUUGCACAUGCGCAGAUACUGUGUGUGACUGUGUGAGAGCCGUCUUUCAUCUGGCUCAUUUGCUCAUCACAAUAUCUGCAAGAGCUGCUCGUGCAAUGUCAUUUUGCUGACUCUACCUCUUAAUUUGCAGUUGAUAAUGUGGUGAGUAUUUGAAAAAUGUAAAAUAUAAUCUCCCCCAAAAGCAGGGGCAAAACUAAUAUACAGAAACAUCUGAAGAGAAAUAAAUGACAGCUGGGAAGGUUUCUGUAAUAGGCUUGUGAGAUUAUUAUGUAACAAUGUGUUUGCAGUGCAUUUACUACAGUGUGACUGCUUGACAAUAAAUUAUAUUGGUAAAACAUC